GGAAAACAGCUGCAUUGUGCACAGAUUUUUCAAAUUCAUUUCUUCACUGAGAUCUCUUUAAUUGACUGCAUUUUGAGUUCUGUGUACUGCAGUGAAAAUGAAAGAAGAUACUUUAUUAUUUUGCCUCCUUUUGCUGAGUGUCAGCUCAUCUGCUGCUCAAGAGGAAGGUUACGUCAGGCUGGUUGGUGGACAAGAUGCCACUGAGGGCCGUGUGGAGAUCUUUCAUAAUGGUGCUUGGGGAACUGUGUGUGAUGACAGCUGGGACAUUAAUGAUGCCCAAGUGGUGUGUCAACAGCUCCAUUUUCCUGGAGCAAUAGAAGCUCCACCCUCAGCCACAUUUGGCCAAGGGGAAGGAACCAUCUGGAUGGAUGAUGUAGGUUGUGCUGGGACAGAGACAAACCUGCUCCAGUGUCAGUUCCCUGGAUGGGGGGUUAAUAAUUGUGGUCAUAGUGAGGAUGCUAGUGUCCGAUGUGAAAAUGACCCUGAACUCCCCAAAGAUAUCAGCAAUGAGUUUGAUUUGGACCACAACACAAGCCUGUCUCAUCAGCUGGGAGAACUGUUUGACCAGGGACAUGACUGUGAUUUGAACAUUGCAGUGGUGGUGGACAACACCACUAUUGAGACAAUCUGCGCUCACAGGGUCAUCCUUUCUCUGAACUCGAACCUUAAAACUUCUCACACAGACCUCAACAGCCUCAGCAUCAAUGUCACUUCUGACUGCAGUCAAUAUGCCAACACCUUUGUCAGGUAUUUCUACACGAGAAAGAUUAAAAUCACACUGCCCUCCGUCCACUGCAUUCUCAACAUGGCGUUUGACUGGGGUCUGACAGAACUUCAGAAUGAAGCAGAGAAUCUUUUCAGACUGUUCCUCACAGAGGACGACAAUUUCCAACGUCAAAGCUCUUUCUAUGAGUAUGCAGUUCGCACAGGUGAAGAGGCACUGCAGGAAGUCUGUCUUCGCUACUUGGCGUGGAACUCUCAGGCAUUGAUCCGUUCUCCAGCCUGGACUGAUCUUCCAUUUGGUCUGGUCAAAGCUCUUCUGUCUCGCUCAGACCUUGUGGUGCAUAAUGAAACCGUCCUCCUGGAUGGACUGGAGAGAUGGGCAGCAGCCCAAGAAAACACAACUAUCCCUGAGAUCCUCCUGAAGCUCAUCCGUUUCCCAAUGAUACCAGCUGAGAACUUAUACACACUCGACGCCUCACGGUACCAUGCCAGCAAGUUGCAGGGGUUUCAGUUUAACGCUCUGCCCUUCACUACACUGCUCAAUGACCUGACCCAAGCAGCAAACUGUCUACACAUCCAGGAUUUACACCAGCAAACCAUGGAGUUUUACCUUCAGCACUCACAACAUCAGAUAUUACAAGAACUCUGGGCUCUACAUUCUUCGUGGCCAGAGCAUCAAUAGUCUGACAUCUGAUUUCCAAACACCUGCUCACAACAGUGCUUAUUUUGCUCUUCACAACAUGCGCUGGAAAACAAGGGUGUAUAUCAGUGAUCAAGACUGCUCAAAUGAAGGUGUCUCCUGCCCCUCUCUGCCAGCUGUCAGUUUAAAGAUUGAACAAAAGAACAGUGAUUUACCCAGUGAGAUGGAGGGACAUAUUCAUUACAGCAACAGGCUUGUUGUUAUGUGUGAAGGGAGGUAUGUGCUCCAUGUUGGUGAAUUUAAUGGUGUUGAUGGUGAGAAUCUUGUGUUUGUUCCGAACAGUGCAGAACAAGUCUAUCCAUGUCACUCAAACCGGUUCUCCUACCAAGUGGUGGUACGUCCUUUGUACUCAACAAGUUAGCUUUUGUCUUUCUCUGGGAAAGACAAGUUUGAGGAGGAUGAAUAAGAAACAAUAUAUUGUUUAAUAUCCACUUACUUCAAUGAUUAUUGAAAGUGAAGCAGUUACUAUAACAGGACUGUCGUGGGAAGGGAUGUGAAUGUUUCCUGUGUUAGGUUUAAAGUUUUUGAUGGUUUAAGUCUCUGUAAUGCAUGUGCUUUAACAUAAAAAACAGUAUGGGACAAGUCUGUCCAUGCUUAACAAACCCGUUCUACCAACUGCUGGUACAUCAUGAGUACAGCUCAUGUUUGCUCACAUCAGUAAAGAAGAGGGCAGAGAAGGUUAAAGAAGUCAUUGAAUGCAUAUUAACUCCUUGAGACUGUGUAUAUGCUACAUACUGUAAAAGAAAUAUACAUUUAUAUGCAGUAAAUUGUAAAAAUACGAUUUUAUGUGAUAUUUCAUUUUUAAUAAAGCUCAUAAUACCAGAGAGA